AUGACUAGCAAGACGGAGAAAAAACUAACAGCGAACCUUCUGACGAGACGACGAGCGUGUGCUGAGCGAGAUGUGGUGGAGAAGUUCAUCGCGGAGUACACCUAUGAACGAGAUUGUUGCCAGGUUGCGGUGCGUUUGGAGACGCUGAACAAAUGCAACGAGCUGUUCCUGAACGUGCAGAAUGAUAUUGAGCUGGGUGAUCACGAGGAGAGGUUUGAAGGUCAUCUUGAGUUCCGGGCUGAUUUCGAGGAUCGAUUUUGCAGAGCGAAAGGUUUUUUGCUGUCUAAACUGGAAAGCAGGGAGCAUCUUCUGAGUUCGACGAUCAUGCACGCAUCGACUUCUCAUAGCAUGUCUUCCAGUUUCCAUCAUCGGUUGCCGAAAAUCGAUCUACCGAAGUUUAGCGGGGAUGAAUCGAGAUAUCAUUCCUCGCUGGAAGGAGAGGCCAGAAAACCAUUCGAGUCGGUGAAUAUCCAAGCCGAUAAUUAUUCGUCGACGUGGGAUGCGCUUAAGAAGCGUUACGAUAGUAAGCGAUUCCUCAAGAAGGAGCUGUUUCGAGGUCUGUACAAUCUUCCACCGAUCCAGUAUGAGUCAGCUCAAGACCUCAACACACUAGUGGAUGAUUUUCAGCGACACGUCAAGGCUUUGGGAAAGUUGGGCGAACCGAUCGAGCAUUGGGACACUCUGCUCAUCUUCAUCAUUUCAAACAAGUUGGAUUCGGCGACGAUUCGUGCAUGGGAGCAAGAUACUCGACAGAAGGACGAAGUGAAAUACGAAGAGCUCAUCGAGUUUCUCAUCCAUCAGGUCCGGAUGUUGAAAUCCGUAGAUAGCGAUCUCCAACGUCGUUCCUCAGUGCCCACCGUUUCCAAGGUGGCCGGACCAAUCCCGAAGAAACCAGUUCCCAUCCGAUCUGUCGUGAACACAGCUACUUCCGAAACUCAAUUCAGCACUUCGCCAUGCCACUGUUGCCUGAGACAACAUCCAUUGCACCAAUGUCCAGCAUUUCAGCAUCUGUCAAGCUCCCAACGGCGAGAGCUUGUGACACAGCACAGUCUUUGCUGGAAUUGCUUCCGCGCGAACCACCAGGCAAGAUCCUGUAAAUCAAAGUUCCUGUGUAGGAUUUGCCAAGCGAAGCACCAUACUAUGUUGCACGACCAAGCAGCACCACCGAACGAGUCCUCAUCCGAGAGAUCACAAGCCACACAAGCGAAUUCAGGCCCCAAUAGAUCGCUUAGCCCACCAACAUCUUUCCGUGAAUUCUAA